GUUGUGUGAUUUUUACAAGUGAUACGUCAUACGGCGACUACAUAAAUAUAGCACAGUGUCUGAGAACAAACAGUGAUUGCUUGACUCUUGGCAUAAACUUAUUAAAGCUUCGAAAUGAAACUGUCGAUUUUUGUGUUCCUCACAGCGGCUUAUUUCGCGAACUCGGAGGAAUUUUUACCGUCCUACAUCACACCAUGCGACCUAAAAAAGAGUGAUUUCAAAAAAUGUGUGCGAGAUCAAUUGGAAAAAAGUCUGCCGCUAUUUGCGAAAGGAAUACCAGAACUCGGAGUGCCGUCUAUAGAUCCAGUGGACUUGAACGAUAUACAUAUUGAUGGAAAUGGUUUAAAAUUAACCUUCACAAAUGCAAAAAUGCACGGCCUCUCAAAGGUCUCCCUGAAGGAUUUGAUCAUCGACAUCGGCGAAAAGGAAGAAAAAUUUACGCUUAGUUUGAAAGGCAACUUGAGUAUGACUUCGACUUACAACGCCGAUGGUAAAAUUUUAAUCUUACCUAUUAAAGGAGAUGGCGACGCAUUUAUUGAAUGUCGAAACGUGGAAGUGGAGAUUAACAGCAAGUUGUUGCAUAUCAAUGAUAGCAAGGGAGAACAUUUUAAGUUGGCGACGCCGCAUUACAAAUAUGAUAUCGAAUCAACUACUUUCGACUUAAAAAACCUGUUCAAUGGAAACAAACAACUUGCGGAAACAACCUUACAAUUUGCGAAUGAAAACUGGCGACAGCUCAUGGAUGACCUCGCACCACCGGUUAUCAAGCAGAUAGCUAAAACCAUCGUUAAAGAUAUAAACAAAUUCUUCUCCAAGGUUCAAAUUACCACUAUUAUCAAAGGCUAUAACCUGUAAUUAAUGUAUUGGUAUACUUUCUAUAGAUCAUACUUGGACUGCGUUGUAUAUACAAUACAAUUUGAUUUUUCUCUCGAACUGUAUCGUAUAUAAAAGUCAGCCCAAUAGCCGCAUUUGUAAGAGUCUCUAAGUUCGCAAAAACCAGGUUUAUGACUAACGUCUUUGUUAUUAUUUAAAUAAAACUACAAUACAUUUAUUACUCCUAAAGUCUGGUACAUAUAAAUUGUAUUUUACCUUCGCUCUUAAAGAUGUAUAGAGCUUUUUAAAAAUACCUUUCCGAGGACGAUUCAUAUCGUAUUUUAAGUAAGCGUAGGUAAUUUAUAGAAUGAUACUUAAAUGAAUAUAGAUAAAGUAUAAUUUUCUGACGAAUACCAGUCUGACGUUUCGAUUGUUGUCAAUGAUCUUGUCAGGUAAUUGUACAAUUACAAGCAACAUUUCCUUUAAAAAAAUAUUGUGGUAAAACCAGCUUAGCAGUAUUAUUAAUAUAGAUCAACCGAUUUAAUUUCUCACAGCAAGUUUCCAGUAACUUCGGUUCAAGUUUUAAAAUGUCACACGGAAAUGUCGCUUGCUAUAUUGAAAUAUCCAAAAUAUUUAUAUGUGUGAUUACGGUGAAAUUAAGUAAAAUAAAAUGUAUUUUUAUA